CUAAAGACAUGGUGUUUUCAAUCACCUCACAUGUGUGCAAAAGCUGGACGAUGAAUAAGGAAGACCUAAGAAGAAUUGAUGCCUUUGAAUUGUGGUGUUGGUGAAUAAUAUUAAAAAUACCAUGGACUGCCAAAACAACAAACAAAUCUGUCUUGGAAGAAGUACAACCAGAAUGCUCCUUAGAAGCAAGGAUGGCGAGACUGCAUUUUACAUACUUUGGACAUGUUAUCAGGAGGGAUCAGUCCCUAGAGAAGGACAUCAUACUUGGUAAAGUUGACGGUCAAUGAAAAAGAGGAAGAGUUUCAAUGAGAUGCAUUAACACGGUUGCUGCAACAAUGGGCUCAAGCAUAACAAUGAUUAUGAGGAUGGCACAGGACUGGGCAGUGUUUCAUUCUGUUGUGCGUAGGGUCGCUAUGAGUUGGAACCAACUCAACAGCACUUAGCAACAGCACAACCAGAUUUGGGCUGGUUUGUUACACAGCUAAGGCUAAUAAAUUUAGGUGGCAAGAAAAAGAAGUGAUGGGCUGAGUAGUCUAUGUCUGCUUCAAGAAAUGGCUAAUUCUGUGGUCAAAGAGAUUUUUUUCCUCUCAUGUCUGAACAAUGAGAGCUGAAAUAAAUGUUCACACAUACUCGUUUAUUUUGGAAAUAAAAUGUCUUUAAUAGAUCUCCUAGUCCUGGUCAUUAUACACAUGAGGAAGCUGAAACCAAGAGAGGGGGAUGUGACUUGCCCAAGGUUAACACAAUGAGUUUCGAUUGAACCAGGACUACUGAUCAGGUCCUCUCCCUCCCAGGCUGGGACCUUUAACCCACUCGCCAUCUUGGGAUCUUGACCAGUCCUGAGAUUCCAUGACUCUGUGACUCUAUGGUUCUAUAAUUCCAAGACAAAGCACAACAAUCGCAGUGCUCCAGGAAGCCUUAGCACAAGAGAAGAACAUGGUCUAGACUGAAAUGCCAACCAAAUAACUUUCUUUCAUUUCAAAAUAUCAACUACACCAUCAUGGAUUCAACCAAUACACACAACCCCGUGCUUUUGGUGUUUCCUCCAGAGAUCGCUAUUCCCAAAUUGCAGCAAACAGCCACACUCUUUGUGCCUAGAAAUCCAUUGUCAAAAAUACUUGCUUCGAAACUGAAAAUCUUUGGGGCUAUCCAGAUCGUGUUUGGAAUGAUGAACUUUUCUUUUGGAAUGAUCAUGCUUUUCACCUUAGUAGAACCAUACCCACGGUUUCCCUUUAUAUUUAUUUCAGGAUAUCCAUUCUGGGGCUCCAUUUUGUUCAUUAAUUCUGGAGCCUUCCUAAUAGCAGCAAAAAGGAAAAACACAGAAACUCUGAUGAUAGUGAGCCGAAUGAUGAAUUCUCUUAGCGCCCUGGGAGCAUUAGCUGGAAUCAUUCUCCUCUCAUUUGGUAUCAUACUAGAUCAACACUACCUUUGUGGCUUUUCUAACCAACAUAGUCAGUGUCAUAGUAUUACCACCUUGUUAGUUGGAAUUUUGAUUAUGUUGAUGACCUUCACCAUUAUUGAAUUUGUCAUUGCUCUGUCUUUCUCGAUCUUCUGGGGCCAAUAA